GGUGCUUGAACACGGUUGACGCAGCACAAGAGUUGAGCACAGCACCGCUUUCGCUGCUGAUGAAACCGUCCCUGAAUAUAAACCGAUUCAGGCCGCGCGCCAUCCAUCCCGUCGCCAGCGCCAGACGUGCUCGCUCCUAAACAAGUUCAACAUCCAUAGGUGAGCUGCUGCCCAACCUCCCUCCACUGCCCACUCCUUGAUGGGGGUGGGGAGGGCGGCACCUCUAACGACACGUGACGUUGAAGAGCCUCGGCUCUUCAACGUCACGUGUCUCGACACCCGAACUCGCGGGGCGCUGCCCGAGUCCCUCUCCUCGUGAUGUCUCCUCGCCUCGUCCUGCCCCUCCUCGGCGUCGUCUUCGCGGGGCUCGGAGUCCUCGCUCGGGAGCCGCAGCUCCGCUUCGAGUACAAGCUGAGCUUCAAGGGCCCCCACCUGGUGCUCGGGGAUGGCGCGGUGCCCUUCUGGAGCCACACGGGCAGCGCCAUCCCGGGACCCGAGCUGCUGCGCGUGGCCCCCUCCCUGCGCCACGGCCGUGGGGCCGCGUGGUCGCGCACCUCGCUCAGAGCCGCCUCCUGGCACGCGCGAGUUCAGCUCCGGGUGACGGGGAGAGGUCGCGCGGGGGGCCACGGCCUGGCGAUUUGGUUCGCGGAGGAGGCGGGGGCCCUGGGCGCCGUGUUCGGGGGCCCCGAGACGUGGAACGGAGUCGGGGUCAUCCUGGACUCUCGCGGCAACCAGGGAGAUUUGCCGAUGGUUUUUGUCGUCGCCAACAACGGAAGCGUCGCGUUCGCCCAGGGGAGCGACGCCUCCGCGCAGGCCCUCGCCUCGUGCCGCCGCGACUUCCGCAACAAACCCCACCCGGUGUGGGUGGGGGUCUCCCUCCACGCGGGGAGCCUUGAGGUGCACCUCACCUCUGGCUUCACUGCGGAGGAGGACUUUGAGCUGUGCGCCACCGUGGGGGACCUCUCCCUCCCACCACAGGGGUUCUUCGGGGUCUCAUCCUCCACCGGAGGGGUCCCGGAUGACCACGACGUCCUCUCCUUCCUCACCUACAGCCUCAGCGCGCCUCACCGGGGAAACGAGAGCGAGGUGACCCAGCAGGAGCAGGGGGAGGAGGAGAAGGAGGAGGAGAAGGAAGAGGCGCUAUGGAGGGAGGAAUUUGCUCGCUACCAGGAUGAGCUGCGCCGUCAGAUGGAGGAAUUCCAGAAGGUCCAUCCCACGCAGCACGCAGGUGAGGGGGCGCUGGAGUCUCAGGCCGAGAGGGACCUGCGUCUGAUCUUCGAGGGUCAGGCUCGCAUCCAGGCCGAGGUGCGCGAUGCAGCCAGGCUCCUGGGCUCCCUCACCGAGGGGGUGGGGGCCGGCGGGGGCAACACCCAGGCGCUGGAUUCGCUGCUGGACUCCCAGAGGGAAAUCCUUCAGCAGCUCAAGGAGAUGAGGAGCAUCGUGUCGGACACGUUCCAGCGAGCGAGCGCCAUCCAGAAGGCGACGAGCGGCGGCGCGGAGCACGUGCAGCGGCUGUCGGAGCUGCAGCAGCACGUGGGCAUCGUGAAGAGGGACCUGGGGACCCUGGUUCAAGAGGCCAAGAGGGGGCAGUGCCCCCCGCCCCCGUCCUGCGUCUCCACCCUGAGCUUCGUGCUCUUCUCCGGGAUCCAGACGGCACUGCUGCUGGGAUACCUGGCCUACAGGAGUCACCAGGAUUCUGUCGCCAAGAAAUUCUUCUGACCCCCCACCACCCCCGUCCGUGACUCAACUUGAUCCCCGUGGGGUGGGGGCUGAGACCCCCUUGUGUGGGGGGAGGAGCAGGCAAGGUUCACGUGUGGGGGAGGGGUGAGGGGGGGUCUCCACUCGUUCAUGACCGUACGGGAUUGAUCACGUGGGAUAUGUUUAUUGUUGUUGUCGUUAAAAUUGAGAACACAGCGAGAGAGA